CAGUACAGGUCGGACCAACACGCGUGUGAGAAGAGGGAACAAGUGAGAGGAGAGACAGAAUAAGUGAAAGUGACAUUACAGGGAAAGGCUCGCCGUCGUAGACCAGGGUCCACUUCUUUUUUUGUAUUUAUACACUCCUCUCCUUACGUCUCCUUGUUGUUCUUCUUUUUCUUUUUCUGUGUCGCUAGUUUGGAAAGAAAAGAAGUCACACCGCCUUCGAAAUGCCUGGAAAUAUGGCUCUCGUCAACGGAGUGCACGACACAGGGAACGUAGUUACGGGGAAUACACCGAAACAACUCAACGGCCUCACCGGUUCCACCAUACCCAUGAAAGACCACGACGCUAUCAAGCUAUUCGUCGGCCAAAUCCCACGAAACCUGGAGGAGAAAGACCUCAGGCCGGUCUUCGAGGAAUUCGGCAAGAUCUACGAACUGACGGUCCUGAAAGACCGCUUCACGGGCAUGCACAAAGGCUGCGCUUUCCUGACAUAUUGUGCGAGGGAGUCUGCAAUCAAGGCGCAAAAUGCCCUCCACGAACAAAAGACACUGCCAGGGAUGAACCGUCCAAUCCAGGUUAAACCAGCCGACAGCGAGAGCCGGGGAGGUAAGACCAAGGACCGGAAGUUGUUUGUGGGCAUGCUCGGAAAACAGCAAACAGAAGAAGAUGUGAGAAGGUUAUUUGACCCGUUCGGAACAAUAGAGGAAUGUACCAUUCUGAGGGGUCCUGAUGGACAAAGUAAAGGCUGUGCCUUUGUCAAGUUCAGCUCUCAUGCAGAAGCGCAGGCCGCCAUUAACAACCUGCACGGGAGCCAGACUAUGCCUGGAGCAUCUUCUAGCAUUGUAGUGAAGUUUGCAGACACUGACAAGGAGCGCCAACUGCGAAAGAUGCAGCAAAUGGGCCUGAACCCCAUGGCCAUGUUCAACCCCAUGGCACUAUCACAGUUUGGAGCCUACGGUGCAUAUGCACAGCAGCCGUCGUCCCUCCCCACACAGCUGAUGCAGCAGCAGGCAGCCCUGAUGGCAGCUGCUGCAGCCCAGGGGGGGUACAUGAACCCGAUGGCAGCGAUCACUGCAGCUCACAUGCACCAGAUGUCUGCCAUGGCUAAUAUGAACGGCAUCACCAAUGGAGUCACACCUCCGGCCGGUAACCCUGCCACCAUGAACGGAGUGGUGCCCAAUGGAAUGCCUUCUCCUGUUGGAGUCAGCAGUUUCAACAUGGCGCAGGCCAAUGGCCAGGCUGCAGACCCCUCCACCUACACCAAUGGCAUGCCUCCUUAUCCAGUGCUUUGCUUGCUUUCAGCCCCUGGGACCCCCACGGGUGACCCAGCUCACCAGUACCCCGGCAUACAGCAGUACCCAGGUACAGAAGAGGAAAGUUUUCAGUGGCACAGUCUGGCAUACCCCUGGACCAAUGGGCAACUCUCCCAGGCCUUCGCACAGCAUCCUCCCAUCAUGCCUCAGCAGCAGAAGGAAGGUGAGGCAUAUCCCAUGAUCCUUCAUGAUGGUCACUCAACUCCAACUGGUCCUGAGGGAUGCAACCUCUUCAUCUACCACCUGCCUCAGGAGUUCGGCGAUGCUGAGCUCAUGCAGAUGUUCAUGCCUUUCGGCAACGUCAUCAGCGCAAAGGUGUUCGUGGACCGUGCCACCAACCAGAGUAAAUGCUUUGGGUUUGUGAGUUUUGACAAUCCUGCGUCCGCCCAGGCUGCCAUCCAGGCCAUGAACGGGUUCCAGAUCGGGAUGAAGCGCCUCAAGGUUCAACUGAAGCGACCAAAGGAUGCCAAUCGUCCAUAUUGACCUCCUAACUUGUGCUAAACUACUGAAAUCAGGUUCUCAAUGAAGUGGCUUUGGUGCAAUAUUGAAAGCUGACUGAUGAAAAGGAGGUGGUUUCCGAUGGCAACCGUUGUCUAGGAGACCGAGAUGCCAGACUAUAGACUACAGUGCGACAUGUAUCUACAGCGAUUGUUGCUAGGUCAACUAUAGGUGAAAUGUAAACAAUUCUUACCCGUGUAGUGAGGGACCAAUAAUGUUCACUGAAGUAAACGAAAAAACAAAAAACAAAUCGUCGGACGCAGAUGCACAAUUGGUGCAUGGCCUGCUGGGAAUAUGACCUAUGACCUUCUUGGAAAAAAUGCAGAGGUUUGUGAAUUCUGUCGCAGGAUUCAUAAAGCUACGGCAGGCUUUCUGGAAUUUUGCGUCUGUACAGUUAACAUGCCAUGAUUUUUAAUUGUAGAAUAAUAAUUACAACUUCGAGUUAGGGCAGUAGAGAUAUGACAAUAUAGGAACCUAGGUAUAACCAAACUUAGAGGACAAAACGACUUGUAGAAUUCUCAAAAGAAUGUUUCUUAUAGAUUUCUCAGAACAAGAACCAUUUUAUAGCCUAGAAUAGUGAUGAUUUCCAGAAAUCAGGGAAAUCGCGGUCACUUUGUAGGAAUGGCAGUAGGACGUGUAGAAAUGAGUAGGAAUUCAAACAAGCCCCAAAUUUUAGAUGAUAAAAAUCAUCUAAAAAUGUAGAAGUAAUGAAAGAAAUGCAUUUCAUAUUAAUCUUACAGAUAUAGAGAGGGCAGCAACAGCUUGGGAUGCGAAUGCUUAAAAGCAUAAACAAAAAAGCGCUUCAUAUGCUGAGAGUAAACAUAAGGUAAUUUGUAGAACAACAAAAAAUGGAGUACCCCAGAUAUGUAGGAACAUUCCAAUGUAAUAUACCAACAGGGGUGCACCUGUCACUAAGACUGCAUCUGGCUACUAGACCAAGUGCGACAGGUGUAAAAAAAAAAAGUGAAAAAAAUUUUCUCGCUCGGGGCUCAGUGCACAUAUGUAUGAUAUUUAUCAAACAAGAGAAGGCUUCAGUUGUGCAAUUUUUCACCAUCCACAAAAUCCAAUCAACAAAGUAGUGUGUGACACUGUAUACAACAGAUUUGAAAACAUUUCCAUUUUAAAGUUUUAUCUACGAUCUAUCACCAUUUAAAAAAGCUUCUUUUAACUUAGCAUAUUUAUCGUCAGUUGAAUAUGUAUAAUUUCUGAGAAGGUUUUAAGAAAGUUUUAGUGUUGUAGUGUUUAAUGUAAUUGCUAAGCAGUUUGACAAAAGAAUAGGGAUGCUCUGAGUAGAAGGAUGAUUGUAACUAUUUGCAUACAGUGCCACGCAGACUUGGGUACAUAUACUGUACCCAGAGGAAAAAUUGUGUCAACUGUGGGGUUGUUUCUGGUGAAGUUUGGUUUAGAUUAUACUUGUCGUGUUGUCACAAAUAUUUUAAACAGGGUUGAUUUUUCAUUCUCUUAUUUAUUCUUGAGAUUUCUUCUCCAAUCGUGGACACCAAAAUUACAUAUCAGAGGUGUAAGAUUUAUCGGAGGAUAAUGGAAAUAUUUAUUUGACAAUCUGAGACAAUAUUACUUCACUAAGUGAUGUGAAAACUACAGUACCGAUACCCCUUUUCCAGCCAUGGUAUGUUCCGUAUCUGUGGCAUUUUCAGUCUAAAUGCAUACAGUUUCAGACCAUACCAUGCAGUUUAAAGGGAGGUUCUGUAUUAUAACAUGAUAGAGACAUUAAAUAAUGCUAAAGAUGUAGAUUUUGUGUUGUGCCAAACAGUGAAUAGAGAUGAUUAAUUCUAUUUAUUGUGUUUGAUUUGUGACGUGAUAAUUUAUUGAUCAACGUCUAUUUAUUACUAUUUAUUGAUGCCAUUAUUGUUGGCAAUAUAUUGUUAAGGUAGGGAUAAUUAAGUUAUUCAUUAAUUUAUCUCCUAAGUUAAUGAGAGAUCACUUGCUGCCUUUUCUCUAGAAUGCCUAUACGGUAAAACACUUCUCAACAUAAAAUCAUACCCACCAAAGCAUGCAUGGCUUGGCCUCUCAUUAAUUAUGUUAAUGAGAGUGUUUUUUUGGCGACGCCUAAGGGGUGGAGCCUGCUUUUUCCUGUUUUGAUCACCCAACGCCCAUGAGAAGUUAUGGAACUGUCAAGAAUUGUAAAGGAACAUGCCAUUAAAGUUAAAGGGGGUGGUUAAUCUACCAAGAAGGGAACUAAUAUAUCUAGUGAAGGUAGGAGAGUAAUAAGGUUAUAAAGGACAGUGUAGAAUUUACCAUGAUUGCAAUUGUAAACUUCGUGCUUAAGGAAUGAAUAUUGGCAGGUAUAAUAUUUAAGAAAAGGCCGGAAUGUGGAACGAACGUGGCUGUGCAAAUUGGUUGGUUUUGUACAAGUAUGCUACAGCUAUGUUCGUUGAGAUUUUCUUCAUCUAAGAAUAUACUUUUGAGUUCUGAUGGUUUGGAAAGAGAGGAUGCUUGCACAGCUAGCCAACUUGCACAGCUUACAAUGAAGGGACAGUUGUAUGAUUGAAAGGCAUUAACAUGACAUUGUGUACCUCAUCUAUAAGCACAGCAACUUCAGGUUUCUACCAACACUGCUACGAUAUAUACUGAAACCCGCACCCCUUUGUGAACUUAGUACGGUCCAGUUUCCUCUGGGUGUCGUCAGAUUUUGGACGGUACCAUGUGUCAUGCAGGGAGGAUAGCAGGGGAAAAAGUUAUGCUCUUGGAGCAGUACCCAUUAAGCCUGUAAUGUUAUCUUAUAAAUGGCCUAUAGGUUCCAUAUAUUCAUUAGGGUAACAUGUACUUAAACAAUGCUGGUGAAAGGACCUAGUCUAAAAAAAUGCUUGAGAAUUCACCUAAGGUACUGAAAAGGUGAGAUGUAUAUAGUACAACGCACCGGCAGCCUUUUGCCUAGAAUUUACUAAGAUGUACAAUGAAAAAAAUCUUGACACUGAGGAGCAACCAAACUUACCGGGUCGCACGUUAGCGUUAUACAUUUUUAUCUGGAUGAUUCUGGGUACCAGUGGACAAAUUUUAUCUCAGACUUCUUGUUGUAAGACCGAGAUAUGGUAUCACUUUACAUCACAGAUUUCAAGCUAUGCUGGUUUUUGGCAAUGCCUCUGGGGCGGAGCCUUAUGUAUUCCUGUUGCAUGAGAGAAAUGUAUAACCGAAAAAGUGACAUGAUUAGAGCUAAAACAGUAAGAAAUAGACAACUGUACGAGCUGUGUGCCAUUAUACGAACCACAACUACAUGUACGCGUACGAUAGUCGAGAAUUUGUACCAUCUUUCUAGAGAAAUGUGACCAACACUACAGCAUAACAACCCAUAUGUUUUGUCAAGCAGCCAGGAGUAUGAUUAUGUGUAUGACCAGACAUUGGAGAAUUGUAUGUCAUUCAUUCAUUCACUCAUAUUCUGAUGUUAACAAAGAUCUCCAGGGCUAACUUCACUGAUUCAGAAUCUCAUUGAUUAACAACAAAUCAUCACCAUCAUCACAUAGAAACCAGUAGAACGACAAAUAUCAAUUGGACCAAAGUAAUCCACGAAUGUACAAUUUCUUUUAUCAAUCCCUGACCAACAUAUAUGUGAACUUGUUGCAUCAAACUUUUGGGAAAGGAUAUUGUAAAAGAUUUUGGGUAUAACCGGAGAAAGGGUCACAUGUUGUUGAGUGUUGGAGUGUAUUCAUGUCGUGGCUUACUGCAAGUGUUCCCAGACAUGUGGUUUUUGUUUGGAGUGCGGUUUCCUGGUAAUUUUGGUGUGCUCCCAGUCCUGCCUGUACAGAUGAUAUAUCUACCAUAGGGAGAUAAUAAAACAACG